AUGGACCCUUUCUUGUAUAAAGAACUAAAACAUUGUGAUGCAAAGCGGUGUUGGCCAUUGGUGAAAAAUGUCAUUGGUGUUCAGUUAAUAGAUAGCAACGUCGUUAUGAUACCUUUCCUUCCGGAGGGAAAAUUUUACGAUUUGGGGCGUGUUAUAGUUAAAGAAGACAGGUCUCCAAUGCAGAAGUUAGCGCGGGUCCCACCGGGAUCUCUCUCUAUUGGAAAAUUGACCGAUUUUGUGAAAGAUGAGGUCAUCCAUGGAACGUUCAAUCGACUAAGCGAGAUCCAGAAAAUUGAAACCACCCACAAUCCCCGCUACGUGUUCGAAGAGUCUGAUAUGAAACACGGUGUUAAGAAAACAGUCAGAGUGGAGAUUCUUGGGUGUGAUCAUUAUGCUUUGUGGAGCCUGCCAGAAAAUAACAGUUUUGUUGUGGAUUUCGAUAACAGAGGAUUUCCCUACGUGAAGAAAUUUUACCUAAUAUACGAUGUGUUUUAUGCCCGGCAAAUCAACGUGUACGUCCGUAUUAAUGAUGAGGUUGAUGAGUUCUGUAUUAGAGAGCGCACUCCGAUCGGAUUUCGCAUGAAGCGUUUCAAGAUUCAAGCAAAUGGUCUAAUAGGCCCAGUGAAAGACAUCACCAGCAAAUCAUGGAUCGUUCAUUGGAUUAAGAACUCGAUGUUUAGGAAUCCUAUGGAUGCCCUCCCCAAUCUUCCUAACACUAGUCGAAAUCGAUGAUCCGUUUGCAAGGAAACAUGAAACAUCUUAAGAUAUAUAUAUACGAUGUAUACGGUGCGGUAUACACAAAUUAAUGUAAAUAAUUUUAUUUUAUUUCUUUGUUAAUAAAUGAAAGCAACUACAUAA